AUGGUAGAUCAACUGCAUCGUUCGAAUAAAAAACCGAAACGAAAGGUUACUCAACUAUUUUUUAAUAAGGAAGGAGAUUCUGAAGCAUCUCAAGAAGGAGUGCCUAUGGAACUGGAGAAUGAUGGUAAUAUCUAUCAAUUACCUAAGCCAAUUGUUGAACCCCAGCAAUCUCCUCUGCCUCCUCCAAAUCUGGGAACCACUGCUAAAUCCUUCAGAGAUUUAAUCAGAGACACCCGGUUAGAUGAGGUUGCACAUAGGGAGACUCACAUCGAGAUUGAGGAUGAGGAAGAUGUUUCUGAUGAUGAUGAAAUCCCGGAGGGUAUUGAAGAUAGCGAGAGAUGCCCUGUAAUUCUUCUUACAAAAGAGGAAAAACGUGCUAUGAGGAAACCAUGGAAACAUACUCUAAUCAUUCGAAUGUUCGAUGGCAGCCUUGGUUAUAUGGGGCUUAUGAAACAACUUAAAAGGAAAUGGCAAUUGAAAGGCGAAUUAAUCCUAACAAAUAUAGGGUGCAAGUACUUCAUUGCCAAGUUCAAUAAUGUGGAUGAUUAUAAUUACGUCUUAACCCAGGGGCCUUGGUUAAUCGAAGAUAAGUACCUUACUAUCCGUAAAUGGACUCCAAAUUUCAUACCGGAGGAAGCAUCCAUAAAUGUGCUUACUGCGUGGGUAAGAAUUCUAAACUUAUCUAUUGAAUACUUUGAUAAGGAGUUCUUGAAAAAAGUUGGAGCUAAAAUAGGAAGAGUCAUUCGAGUUGAUAAAUCCACAGCUUACGCGGAAAGAGGGCAAUUUACCCGACUUAGUGUUGAAAUUGAUCUCUCGAAACCUUUGUUAGCCAAAUUUUGGCUUAAGGGGAGGAUAUGGAGGAUACAAUAUGAAGGUAUCAAAAUGCUAUGUUACAAAUGUGGAAGGCUAGGACAUGUUGAAGACUAA